UGUAUAGACAAAACAUAGUUCAUAUAGUAAAAGGAAUAUAAAUAAGGGAGGCGGUUGUUUUUCAUUUUCAUUCACUUGUGUAAUUAUCUGUUUGAAUUUUCCUUCACAUAAUUAGUGAUGUUGACAAGGACUCGUUUAAUUUCUGAUCUUGUUACUGUGCCCUUGAGAAAAGUUUCCUGUUUGAAGUAAAUUACAUCAUAUAUGAGAAAAUAAAGAGGUGAUGUUUUUGGUAUUAUUUUUAAUUUUUUAUAUAAAAGAAUUACUUCGGUAAUGAAUGGAUAAAUUAGGGACUUGUUCUUGUUUGCCAAUCAAUCAUAUCAUUACUUACUCACCCAGCAUAUGUCUCGUAAUGAGUGAAAACAACACAAAUGAGAUGUCAUCUUUGAGAAAUUUUUCCUGUCAUAUCAGUCAUGAGGAGAAAAGGAGAAGAUAUGUAAACCCAAAUGUAUAGGAGGAUACUUUGGAACAUAUUCUUCUUUCCUUGGGUUAUGUCUUCUUGAAAUGUAUGAAUUCAUUAGACUUACCGUGGUGAGUAUUUAGUGAGUUUUCUAACUUUUUCAGAUGAAUGAAGAUGUUAUUGUCAUUGUAUACUUAUAUAAUAGAGGGAAAUUCAGGCAUGAGUGAGGACUUUUGCAGUUUUGCUGUAAUAUAUGACAAAAAUUCUUCCAAGCUAACCAAUAAACUGUCGAUGAUAGAAAAUUUCUAUAUUACUUACUAGUUGCCUAAUAGAUUGUACUUCAGCUUUUUUAUGUAAACAUAUCAUCAUCUCUUUUAGGUUAGAUUCUAAGUUCUCAAGAAAAGGAUGUAUCAAAGCUUGAGAGAUGGUAGGGUCAUAUACUAUUGUCCAUCUGGUGUCCUAGAGGAAGAUAACCAAGAAAAUCCUCAAAAUUGUUUAAACCAGUGAACCAGGUUGUCUCCUGUAAAAGAAAUUUUAUGAUAAGGAGGGAAUUAAUGGUUCGAUCUGUAAUCUCCAGAAGACAUCUCAGUCUAAAUGCAAUGUUAGUAGUAUAAAUAAUAGGAAAGCCCAAAGGAAAACCUCUCAGGAGAGGUUUUUCAGUUCAUCAAAAGACAAUUUUGUAGAAGUUAUGCCUCAAACCAAAUGCAGGGACAAAGAUGAUAGUAGUUGUCCUGCCGAAAAUUCUUUGGCUUCCGCCAUUGAAAGUUCUCCAAAUGUUCGUUUCUCUUCUUUUGAGUUUUAUGUCAGAUCAGAAGAGGGGAUUAACCUUUAUGUUGAUUUGAAUUCAAGCCCAUCAGACUGGACUCAGAGAUUUAAAAAUGAAGUUCAUAUAUGUGAGAAUGUGCAGAAUAAUAAGUGUCGGAGUUUGCAUGAGGACCUUGGGCAUCUCAAGGAAGGUGGGAAGGAAAUGAGAAAUUCUUUUUGGAAUAUAGAUGCGGGAGAAAUCAAGGAAGGACAAAUAGAAACCCGAUGCUCCCCAAAUUCAAAAGCGUCACAAAAUGAUCACUCUGAGCUUAAUGAACCGGAAAAUUUUGAAACAUUAACUCGCUUCACAAUACAGCCAUGCACUGCUUCUGUAGAUGUUCUUGAAAAGUCAAAGGAAGAUCAAACCCCUAAGUCAUCUGAGUUUAAUUCUACUGCACAUGACAAUAUAGUUUCUGUUGCUGACUCUUGUGCUAAAGAUGGUGGUACGGUGGUUCUUGAUUCAGAUGUUAUUGGUGCUCAUCUCACAAAGUCUGUCUGUGAUUCUGCUGUCAAUUCUAUCUCAGAUGAUCCCUUAAUUCCUGAGAGAUUAGACCAUCUGAAUUCCAAUGUGAGCCAGCACGAAAAUACAUUCCUUCAAAAUGGUUGUAGUGAUGCAGAUCCUACUGUGAUAUAUACUGGAUGCUCAGUAAGUGGUUCUAUAGACAUGCAGUCAUCAGAAGUUGCAAGCUGCAACAAAGAUGCAUCUUGUUCACGUUGUGAAAAUAGUGGACUCAUGAGUGGGUUUGACACAAAGAACAAUACUGAAACUGAAAAAACCAGAUUAGCUAACUUAAGUGAACCGGACCCCAAUUCAUACAAGAAGCAUUUGCCUGCACUUGAUGAAGAGAGGGAAAAGAGUAACAUUUUAAAAGAGACGGAAAGUUCAGAAUGUUCACAAUUUUCCAAGUCAUCUAGGAAGACAUGCUUGAGUUCUCAUACUUUGGAUACUAGAGGACUUCAGAAAAGAAGGAUAGAAACUGAUCAAAGUAGUUAUGGUAGAGCUAGUGCAAUGUUCUUUAGAAGUACAAAACCUAUUACCAGAAAAGACUUUCCUAGAAGAUCCAUGCGGCUGAAGUCUAAGUGAGUGAGUGCACGUGGGCUACGUUCGUGGAAUUUGCUAUUUACGUGGAAGCAAAUCCAGUAUUCCAAAGACAGGCAUAUUCAGUUUCUUAUGGAGAAACUUUAAAAGACAUCAUUCGAUAUCAGAUGGUGAGGAAGACAGGCAUUUUUUUAUGAUUUUGUAUUUGAUUAGGUAUAGAUACUAAAACGUUAAUUAACCAACCAUUCCAUUCCAUUCCAUUUUAGAAUUAAGGCAUAGAAUGGUUUUGUAUCAAUAAAGAAAGAGUUUUACAUUUCCAUUUUGAUCUGUGGCAUAGGUUUGAAGUUUCUAUUUCUGACCACAGGUGUAAAAACGUCCGCAUAAACAUUGUUAUUUGUUAUAAUUAUUCUUAUUUUUAAUUUCUGUCAA